ACCAUCCUCUUCAUGCCAAGCUUACCCUGGUAGCAGGGAGUUUGUGCGGCAAGCACUCUUAAAAAAGGGAUAUCCUGCAGAAACAGUGGAUGUUACAUUGAACUCCAUUUCAGAAUCCACUCAUAAACAAUAUAAUACGUCAUAUAAAUCUUGGUGGAGUUACUGUUUAGAAAACAAUAAAAAUCCACUCGUGGUAGAUAUAUCAGAAAUAUUGAGGUUUAUGCAGAAAGAAUUUGAAAAAGGGAACACUUCGUACGGCAAGCUUAAUCAACACAGAUCAGCGCUUUCUCUAAUAUUUCCUGGAGAAAUUGGAAAAGACAUUUUAAUAAGAAGAUUUUUAAAAGGAGUUUAUCGGCUUAGACCAACAAAACCAAGAUAUAAUACCACCUGGAAUCCCCAAAUAGUCAUUAAUUAUAUUGAUUCACUAGGACCAGACGAGACAUUACCUACUUUGAUAUUAACAAAGAAACUAGCUACACUAUUGGCUCUGGCCACAGGCCAUAGAAUACAAACACUAUACCUUAUAAAAGUGGAUAAUAUUAUAUUUGAUGGCGAAGGAGUAUGCAUAUAUAUAACUGACCAGGUGAAGAACUCGAAGAAUAAUGCUCCGCAGCCCUUUUUUAAAGUACCUUAUUUCACUGGAAAACCUAAUUUAUGUGUUGUUUCAACACUCAUAUCCUAUUUAGAAAAAACGUCAGAGUGGAGACCACAAUCAGAAGACUAUUUAUUCAUUACAGCAAAGGAUCCAUACAAGAGGGCAUCAAAAGACACAAUUAGCAGAUGGAUUAAACAAACGUUAAACGCAGCGGGAAUAAAUACGCAGAUUUUUUCAGCGUAUUCCACACGGCAUGCCUCUACCUCGGCAGCCGCUAGAAAUGGUGUAUCUUGGGAUGUUAUUAGGAAAACAGCAGGCUGGACAAAAACCUCAAAAGUCUUUGCAAAAUUCUACAACCGUCCCGUUGUAGAAGACAACAAUUUUGCAAAAUCUGUUUUAGCAACUGAAUUGUGAAUACAUUCAUACAUGUUUAAUAUUGUAAAAUCAUACACGAAGAGUUCUUGUGCAUGGUCAUAAUAAAUGUGUUACACUGA